CAUUUCUACAAGAUUAUUGAAUAUUUAAUAGACACUUUACAACAAUCGGUGCAAUCUGAUAUUGUUGAAGCUUCUUGUUACAUCAUUGGAGAGAUGACACUUUUUAGCCCUGCCGCAAGUGAACUCGCAAACGCGAAAUCUGUUGGAACUAUUUUAGAUUUAUUGAAAAAAGAGGACUUAGAGUGGUCUGCUAGAUACGCCGCAAGUUUUGCAAUUAAGCGAUUAUUGAUGAACGAUAUUAAAAAUUGCAUUGUUUUUUUAAACAUCCAUGGACCAGUAAUUUUAUAA